GAGAAACCAAACCGCUUUCCAGAAUCUGCUCGUGCUGGUCACGUGUGAUUGAAAAAACCGGAAAUGCUAUUUAGUUUAAUUUUGUGUCAACUUUUCUUAGGCGCAGGUGGGACGACAGAGCCCGAGAAAUACUCCAUAGAUCUCGAGACUAAAUUGAGGUCAACGCUGUUUGAUGUAUACGAGCCCCUACAGCGGCCCUCGGAGAAUGUCCAAGUGAACAUCUCCCUGAACCUGAUAACCGUUAACGAUCUGGAAAUCAAAGACCAAAAACUGUCCACUUCUGGGUUCUUCCAAAUGCAAUGGACAGACAGUCGACUUGAAUGGAAUUCCACUUACGGCAAUAUUCGAUUUAUGUUUUCAACGGAAACGUAUGUCUGGACCCCGAAAAUUGCUAUAGAAAAUAGUGUCAAUGAUUUGGAAGUAUUCAGCGACGAAAACAGCCUCAUCCGGUUGAUAUCAACGGGAAAGGCUCUGUGGACGCCAGGUGGCGUGUUUGAGACCAGCUGUGACUCAGACGUCACGUACUACCCCCUGGACACACAAGAGUGUAGCAUCACGUUAACCACGUGGGCGUACACCUCGAAUGAGAUUACCCUAGGUUUCCUGAACAACUCUUUCAUGUUGGACAACUACCAUGAGAAUGGCGAGUGGGAACUAAUAGGUACAAGCUCGAGCCGGGAGUCUGCGCAAAGGAGCAAAGAGGAAUCAUACAGCUACGACAGGUUAAAGUUCACUCUGAAACUGAAGAGGCGGCCCUUGUACCACAUCCUGAACACGAUAUUCCCCGUGAUUCUCAUGUCUUGUCUGAUUGUGUUCGUCUUCAAGCUACCGCCAGAGUCCGGGGAGAGAGUCGGGAUGUCUCUCACUGUGUUACUGGCCUACGCCGUGUACCUCACUCUGAUUGCGGAUAACAUACCCAGGACGUCAACAAGUGCCAGUAUCUUGUCCUCAUACCUGACGAUCAUUCUGAUGCUGAGCACGCUGUCUGUGGUCUUCACCAUUGUCGUCCUUGACAUUUACUUCAACCAUGCCGAUGAUGAAACCCCGCCCAGUUGGUUGCAGAAUCUCACCCGCCAUUUCCUUGUCAAGGUCACGUGUUGGAAAGGAGCGACAUGUUGUAGUAAACCGAAGGUAAGCCCAAGAGGGGACGGCGAGAUCUUGACCUUGAACGAGAUCACGGAAAAGUCCGAGACCAAGGACAAGUGGGCCUUGGAAGACGAGAGGUCAAAGGUCGCGGAGGGGGUUGGUAUAAAGUUCUUCUCGUGGAAGGAAGUUGCCUUAAUCCUGGACAGAUUCUUCAUGCACACCUUCAUCUUCCUGGUGGCGUCCUCAACUGUGAUCUGCAUGAUCAUAUUGUCAUCGGCCUAAGAGAUUUUGCGAUUUGUCAAUGGAAUAUUUGACAAAGAUGCAGACACUGUUGAGCUUUUUAAUCUAUUUUUGUUAAUUCACUGUUUUAUUUCCAUCGUUCACAUUAUAUAUUUUGCAUAUAACAUAUUUUGUUAAAGAUACAUAAAAAGAUUUAUUUGUUUCA